AUGGACAACUACCUAGAGAACAUUAGACCCCCGGGCUACUACCUAGAGAACAUUAGACCCCCGGACUACUACCUAGAGAACAUUAGACCCCCGGACUACUACCUAGAGAACAUUAGAGAGAACAUUAGAGGCCCGGGCUACUACCUAGAGAUCAUUAGAGGCCCGGGCUACUACCUAGAGAUCAUUAGAGGCCCGGGCUACUACCUAGAGAACAUUAGAGGCCCGGGCUACUACCUAGAGAACAUUAGACCCCCGGACUACUACCUAGAGAACAUUAGAGGCCCGGGCUACUACCUAGAGAACAUUAGACCCCCGGGCUACUACCUAGAGAACAUUAGACCCCCGGGCUACUACCUAGAGAACAUUAGAGGCCCGGGCUACUACCUAGAGAACAUUAGAGGCCCGGGCUACUACCUAGAGAACAUUAGAGGCCCGGGCUACUACCUAGAGAACAUUAGACCCCCGGGCUACUACCUAGAGAACAUUAGACCCCCGGGCUACUACCUAGAGAACAUUAGACCCCCGGGCUACUACCUAGAGAACAUUAGAGGCCCGGGCUACUACCUAGAGAACAUUAGACCCCCGGGCUACUACCCAGAGAACAUUAGACCCCCGGGCUACUACCUAGAGAACAUUAGACCCCCGGGCUACUACCUAGAGAACAUUAGAGGCCCGGGCAAAUACCUAGAGAACAUUAGACCCCCGGACUACUACCUAGAGAACCUGGGCUACUCACCAAAUAGCACCCUGUUACCUGUAGUGCACUACUUUUUACCAGGGCCGUUACAGACACAGGUCUAG